GUGACAGAGGCCAGCGGGAGGCCGUCCCAGUUCCCCCAGGGACCCCGCUCCGGAGCCGGGCUGUCACCUCCCCGGAGCCCGACCAGAGCGCAGACACUCUGCAGGUGGCGCUCCGGUGGCCUCUGAGUGCGCCGUGCCCGCGCCCGCGUCUGCCGUCCGCUCUGCCCGCCGGCUCCUGGCCGCCGCCCGUGCGCCGAGCGGCCGCGCCAUGGCCCUGAGCCUCCUGGACGACUGGUGCCGCGGGAUGGGCGUGGACGUGCGCCGGGCCCUGCUGGUCACCGGCAUCCCCGAGAGCCUGGACCAGGCAGCCGUCGAGGCGGUCCUGCAGCCGGCCUUCCAGGCCCUGGGCGACUACCGGUUGCGCAGCACCCGCGUGGUGCGCAGGGAGAAGGCCAGGGCGGUGCUGGUGGAGUUACUGGAGGACUUCAACCACGCCGCCGUCCCCAGGGAGGUCCUGGGCCCCAACGGGGUCUGGAAAGUGCAGCGCAAGGACCGUGCCCAGGACGCCCGAGUUCUGAGGCAGAUGAAGCGCCUGCUGCUGGACGAGCGACCCACGCGAGGCCAGGUGGUCAAGGCCCUGGAGGAGUUGGCCAGCUCGGGCGCUCUGGAGACCCAGACCCAGGGGUCGGGGCAGGCGGCCAGGCCCGCCGGGCCGCCCACCUGUGCAGACAGGAAGGCUCAUAGGGGUCGGCAGGGUCGCCGUAGCCGAGUCAGGGGCAGUAGGUUGACCAAGAAGGGCAAGAAGAGAGGCCGAGGCGGGCGGCCGUGGACGCCGGUCAGGAGCGAGUCCUCGGACUCUUCUGACGACAGCCUGGGAAUCUUCAUCGAGGAGCUGGACGAGGACGAAGAUGAGGAUCGGAGGGCGCUGUACUCCACGCUCCAGGCGGCCGCCAAGGAGCUGGUGAAGAAGUGGGCGACCCAGAACCCGGCGGAGGAGGGGGACGGGCCCCGCGAGUUCUUGGCCCUGGUGACCGUGACGGACAAAGCCAAGAAGGAGGAGACUGCGAAAGAGCCUCCCUCCAGCGAGCCCAUCAACGCGGAUGCCAACGAAGACAGGAAAGGUGUCCCUGACUUGGUGGCGCUCCUGGCCGUCAGAGGGGCGUCCGACGAGUUCCCAGACAGCGACACGUCCAGCAGCGAGUCCCAAGACGACGACGACGAGGACCAAGAGAGCGACGAUGUGGACAAUCCGGAGUUCGUGGCCAUCGCGGCCUACACUGACCCCUCUGACUCCUCCGCGCGGGAGGAGAUGCUGAAAAUCGCGUCAGUGAUUGAGUCGCUGGGCUGGGGCGUCAAGGACCCGCAGGAGGCCCUCUCCCAGGUCCUGUCCGUCAUGUCCAAGGACGCGAUGGGCCCCCGAGUGAAGGUGGAGGUGGCGGGCCGCGAGGUGGAAGCCGUGGUCCUGAGGAAGGCCAAGGACCAGGGGAACUUUCUAGAAUGUAUCUCCACCUUGGCCGAGCCGGAGACCCCCGGGGAGGAGAAGGACCAACAAGCCUUCCUCAGCGGCUGGGACCAAGAGGACGACGAGGGGGGCCUCCUGGAGCUGGUGGCCCUCCUGGCUGCGCAAGACAUGGCGGACACGAUGAAGGAAGAAAAAGAGACCGCGUGGGACGAAUGCGCCAAGUACAAGCACGCCAAGGGCAACCUGGGCGAGGUCCUGGCGCUCCUGGCCGCCCGCGAGAUAGUGGAGUCCGACGAGGAGUCGUCCUCGGAGUCUUCCUCCUCCUCGUCCUCCUCCUCCUCGGAGGACGAGGAGGAGGAGGAGGAGUCCGAAGACUCGGAGAGCGAGGAGGAGGAGGAAUCGGGCCCCGAGGAGCGGGCCUCUCGGAAGCCGCGGGCCAAGCGGGCGCGCACGGCCGCGCGCAGCCUGGGCCAGGCGGGCGCGUCCCCGGCCGCCCCCCCUGCCCCCACGGGCACGCGCAAACCGCGAGCGGCCGGUCGGGGCCGCGGCCGCGCCUCCACUCCGGAGAAGAAGGCGGGGGGCCGGACCUCGGCGCAAGAUGAUGGCGCCGGGACCAAGAAAAAGAAACGCCACCUGGGCCCCCACGCGAAGGGCGAGGCCAAGGCGCAGCCGAGGUCCGCCCGCGGCAAGAAGGCGCGCAGGGGCCGCCGGCUGCCCCCCAAGUGCCGCUAGUGGAAGCCAAAGUCGCGGGGUGCAGGGGCCCCCCCUCACCCCAGUAGGCCCCGAAGCGCGCCCCAUCCUCCUCCAGCCCCCUUCCCCUGUCCAGCCGGGUGUCUUCGCUUCACGCUUAAUGCGCUGCGCCCCCUGUGCCGUGCUGCGGAUGCGCACGGGAACCUUUGCGCCACCCCACCCCACCCCCCACCCCGUUAGUAGAUGGGAGAAAAGCGGGCGGGGUUCCGGAAGAAGAGGAGGUGGAAUGGAAGGGUGCCCCAUGUGAUGGGAGGGGGUGAGCGCGGCUUUGGGCCGCCCGCUGGGUGGCAGGGAAGGUGUACCCUGGGACACAAGGACAGGCCACCCGUGGGCAGAAAGUGCAGCGAGUUCUUUAUGGUUCGGCUGGUGCCUGUUGGGGAGUUCCGGUGGCCUAGGGCUUAUCCGGUGGGCUGCCGUCCGCAAGGUCGGUGGAUCAAAGACACCAGCUCCUCCGCUGGAGAAAGAUGGGGCUUCUACCUCCAUGAAGAGGCUGGUCUUGGAAACCCAGCGUGGCAGUUCUACC